AUGGCGCCUAAUCUAGGAAAACGCAAACGUGUAACGCGCGCAGAGCUCGAACAACCCUCACUAUCACCCACACCGUCUUCGAACUCAGAAGACUCGGGCGCCGAAGAUCUGCAAGCCGCAUUUCGACGUGCCUUCGAGGCAAAGUUCAAGCCUCUGCCCUCAGGACCCAAGAAGCCCAAGAUUGAGGAAGUUCUGGCUCAAGAAGAGGAAGAGGAAGAUGGGGAAGAAACAGACUGGUCAGGAAUUAGCGAAGGCGAGAACGAUGUACAAGUCAUUGAAUAUACAGACACCAAGCGCGAGCGAGACGGCACAGAAAGAGCAUUGAAAAAGGCCUUCAUGUCUUCGAAGCCCCCAACUUCUGAAACAGCGCCCACAAAGAUUCUCACAGGCAAGAAGAAUAAGAAGGAAGACGACGAUGAGGUCGGUGAUGUUGCGAAUCUGAAGAACGAUCUAGCGCUUCAAAAAUUGCUGCGCGAAUCGCACCUUCUCUCCGCGUCCUCGUCUGGAAACUCAACACCAACACUUGUGGCAACGGGCAUUACGCGUCAUAAAUCCACCGAUCUAUAUCUACAGUCUCUCGGUGCCAAGUCAUCCGUCUUUACACAGAAGAAGAUGCCCAUGGCACAGCGCAAACACAUGAUUCAGAAGGCACGCGACACCGAGGCCAAGCGACGAGCCGAAGCCAAGGAGGCAGGAAUCGUGCUUGAGAGAGAAAAAAAGGUCGGGAAUGUCAACAAGGAGAAGAAGCGGGAAAGGAGUAUUGGCGGGCCAAGCAUUGGACGCUUCAAGGGUGGAACAUUGACCCUGUCCAAGAAGGAUGUGAGAAGUAUUACAGGUGGAGGGGGUGGAGCCAAGGGCAAAGGCAAGAAGGGUAAGCGAUGA